AUGACUGAUCGCCCGUCAUCAGCUGGCCUGGAGGAAUCCGUGAACUUGGUUGCUCGAAAUGGUCAAGCAGUGGACAGCGUUCCGUCCCGACGAAGUUCGGGUAGGUCUGCUGAAGCUCCAGAAGCCUCGCUGCCUGCCCCGGCCGAGUCGGUAGAUGUCAGGCAGGCAGUCGCCAAACCUCCCAGUGCCAAACUUGCCCUGCCUAACGGCGAGGUGGCGGAUGCUCAAACGUCUCUUCGUCACACAUUUCCCCAUUUAUACCAUUCCUCCAGUGCAUCCCGGUCACCCUCGACCCGUACUUCAUCCAGCUCGCUACAGGCGUUGAACGAACACACAGUCGUUGACGCCCGGUCGGAUCACGGUUUAUGGACGAAAGCGUCUCUCGGGCGAAGAAUGUCCCAUCGCAGUGCGCACGAUGCGCCGCCUGCCGAUUACCCAGUAUAUCCUGACCAGUCCUACGCCGUACUCCAAUCACAAAUACACCCUACCUAUCACCCUCCAUUUCUGCGCUCCCGCAGUUCCUACCCAGCACGGACUGAGUCGCUUGGUCGACUUGCGACCCCGCGCGCCGCUCGCACUGCGGGCAACACUCCCGUAUCGAGUCCUGGACUAUUCUCCGUCCACAGUCCCCACUCAACGCCUCCUCCUCCUAACUCCGAUGACGAAGGUCGCAUUAGCAGUCCCUACCUACACCCUACUCAUCUCCAGCCGCCGAAAGAGACACAUACGGCGGAGGUUGACCGAGAUCUCGUUACUGGGAACAAAUUGAUCAACCAAUAUGAGAUUCUUGAAGAGCUUGGGCGGGGUGAGCAUGGAAAAGUGAAACUGGGCCGUCAUGUGACAACGCGUCAGAAAGUGGCUAUCAAGAUCGUUCAGCGCUAUUCGAAACGACGCCGUUUGGGUAAAUUGGGUAAUCCCGAAGACAAGGUCAAGAAAGAAGUCGCCAUUCUGAAGAAAGCUCGGCACCCAAAUGUUGUCAGUCUGCUGGAAGUUAUUGACGACCCGAACCGCCAGAAGGUGUAUAUAGUCUUAGAGUUCGUUGAGAACGGCGAGAUCAUCUGGCGGAGGAAAGGACUACGUGAGAUUAUACAGGUCGACAAGCGCCGCCUGGAACGUGAACAGGCCGGUAUUCCCGAAACCCCGUCGUUCUGGGAGGAGAGUCGACAGUAUGUCAGGACGGCGCAGCGCCUUCGUCGCCAGCGAGAGAAGGCACGUGAACGGCGCCAAAUGAAGGCCGUCCACGCUCAACAGGCACCUAUUCCCGCCUGGAGUUUAGAGCAUGGAGCCGAGUCGGACGAGGAAGAGGAGGUUGAUCCAGCAAUGGCCCGCACCAUUAGUCGCUCCAUUGCGAGUCACGACGAGGCCCAAGAAUCCCCGAGUCACUCCUUGGCAUCCGCACAUGACUCUGCGCUGGCCGCAAUUGAAGGUACAAUGUACGGAGCCUAUGUUGAUUACUCCCUAGAUAGGCGAUUCAGUACCGCCUCGAGCAGCAUGGGCUACGCACCCUCCGAGCCGGAGUGGUUGUCGGAUGAUGACGACAUGUCGUACGUUCCAUGCCUUACCGUCAACGAAGCGCGAAACGCAUUCCGUGAUUCUCUACUCGGUCUUGAAUACCUUCACUAUCAGGGUAUCAUCCACCGCGAUAUCAAGCCUGCGAAUCUUUUAGUCACAAGCAAUCACCGCGUGAAGAUUUCCGACUUUGGUGUUUCCUAUCUUGGACGGCCCAUGCGAGACGAAGAGGAGGAGCAAGUCGCUGAAACUGACGCGACCGAACUGGACGAUGCUCGAGAGUUAUCCAAAACCGUUGGCACCCCGGCCUUCUACGCACCCGAGCUGUGCUACACCGGCGACGACUUUGAAGAGACAAUUGGCUCGGUGCCCAAGAUUACCGGUGCGAUCGAUGUUUGGUCUCUCGGCGUGACCCUCUAUGGAAUGAUCUUCGGACGUCUGCCUUUCGUGUCCGACGACGAAUACAGCAUGUUUCAGACUAUUGUCAAGAAAGAUGUUUUCAUUCCGCGCAAGCGCUUGCAGCCUGUCGAGGACGACCCCGAGACCGUCAGCCAAUGGCCCCGAUACUCGAACAACAUCAAGCGCAUGGAGGACGAGCUUGUGUAUGAGGAGAUCGACGAUGAACUUUACGACCUGCUGAAGCGAUUGUUGACCAAGGAUCCGGUCAAGCGCAUUACGGUCAAGGAGAUUAAGCACCACCCUUGGGUCCUCCAUGGCCUGCCGAAUCCCAGAGCGUGGAUUGAGGAAACGGAUCCAGGCUAUCAGAGUAAGGGCAAGAGGAUCGAAGUCUCCAACGAGGAAGUCACUACCGCCGUCAGCAAGGUGCCGUUUAUUCAACGGGUACGGUCCAAUGUUGCCAAACUGUCGAACUACCUCACUGGAAGGUCGAAAGACAAGGAUAAGGAAACUCGCAAACGAACGUCUAGUACCACACCAUCGGUCGAAUCUUCCGCCUCAAGCAAUGCUAGUUUGGGAAAAUAUAUCCUGGACAGUCGUCGGGGUAGUCUCAGGGAGGAGGAUUUAUACCGGCCUGCCAGGCUGGCAACCAGGGACGCCGAACAUCCGCUGUCGCACAGCGUGACGGCGAGUCCGGUUGGUCGGGAUAAUCAAACCUCAUACUUUGACGAGGUAAGAACUGAUGCGACGCUUGAUCGUACGCCGCGCCCGGAUCCUCCUCAUCGCGCGACGUCAACCUUGUCUACUGCCGGAUCUGCAAAGACUAUCCGGCCAGACUGGACAGCCACACCAGGUGCAAGCCAGCGGGUCAGUGCGUCUUCCAAGGUCGAAAACCAGGGCACCACUCAUGUCGGUGGUCUCUUAGGCGGGGCAGGCCGUCGGCUAGCACGUGGCCUUCAAAGCAGAGAGUGGCGCUCAGAUCGGUCCAUUUCCGGAGAUACCGCAGAUUCCGUCUCUCUAGACGGUGAUCGUCACUCAGAGCCCAGCCUUGCCUUGAGCGUCGCCUCCGCAGUUGGUCAUCUACAAAGCUCGAGCUCUUUGCGGGACGAGGACUUUUCCUAUUCGCAUGCGGGGGGCUUGGGCGCAGCGGAAUUAGGACACCGGCGCAAUAGAUCUCAACAGCUUACGACCAAGUCAUCACAGGAGCCGUUUCAAUUCGCCAAAGAUGUCUUGCUGAGGAAGCGACGGAGUGACAUUUACCAGGCUCCUGUCGACGACCAAGUGCCACCGGAGAGCAAGAACAAGUCCACCGACUCGCUAAGUCUUCGACCCGAGCCACAACCAGAGACAACAACAUGCGCAAUCGAAACUGCCACCACCGACCCACCAUCCGGUGGACUAACCACAUCGCCACCCUCGGCUGCCACCAUUUCCUCCUCCUCGGUCGACGACUACACCAGUGGAAUGUCUCAGAGUGCUUCUCAUCCAAGUAUCCCCUCGGUCAUUUCCGGUGCAUCAUCGCUUUCCGGUGAUGGGUCCGUCAAGGACAGGGAAUGUGAGCAGGCGGUCGCAGUCCCUUCCAUCCUUCGCACGGGCGAAACGGUCAAGGCUAGACUCGUGCGGCCCCAACGGUCACACGAGGACGAUGAGUCGCGGUACUACUGUGAUGAUGAAAAUGAUUCGGAGGACGACUCUGAAGACGAGGUUCUCGUCAUUGGUAGAAAGAAGCCGAGCCCGCAGAAGCCAGUGAUGUGUGGGACUCAGGCUUCCCAGCCCAAGGCCUGA